GGCGGCGGCUCCGGGCUUUGUGGCCGCGGCGCGCGCGGCGGGGCCUGGCCGGCCGGGGGCGCACCGUCCGCCCGGCGCUCUGAGCCCGCGGCCCAGCGCGAGAGGAACCCAGGCCGCCCGCCUCGCCGGCCCCUCCCCGGUGGCCGCGCCGCCGCUGCAGGAUCGCUGACGACGGCCAGGAGCAAUAGACUGGAAGAUGCAAAACAACGAAAUCAUAAAACCUGCCAAAUACUUCUCAGAGCUGGAAAAGAGCAUCCUGCUUGCGUUGGUCGAAAAGUACAAGUAUGUGCUGGAAUGUAAGAAAAGCGAUGCGCGGACUAUUGCCCUCAAGCAGCGGACCUGGCAGGCGCUGGCCCACGAGUACAACUCCCAGCCCAGCGUGUCCCUGCGGGAUUUCAAGCAGCUGAAGAAGUGCUGGGAGAACAUCAAGGCUCGGACGAAAAAGAUUAUGGCCCACGAAAGGAGGGAGAAGGUGAAACGGAGCGUCAGCCCGCUCCUGAGCAGCCACGUCCUGGGGAAGGAGAAGAUCGCCAGCAUGCUGCCCGAGCAGCUCUACUUCCUGCAGAGCCCGCCCGAGGAAGAGCCGGAGUACCACCCGGAUGCCCCCGCCCAAGAAUCAUUUGCUGUUUCAAAUAGAGAACUGUGCGAUGAUGAGAAAGAGUUCAUACAUUUUCCAGUGUGUGAGGGGACCUCUCAACCUGAACCCUCGUGUUCAGCUGUCAGAAUAACAGCCAAUAAAAACUACAGGAGCAAAACCUCUCAGGAAGGUGCUUUAAAAAAGAUGCAUGAGGAAGAACACCAUCAACAAAUGUCCAUCUUACAACUGCAGCUGAUACAAAUGAAUGAGGUGCAUGUGGCCAAAAUCCAGCAGAUAGAGCGGGAGUGUGAGAUGGCAGAGGAGGAACACAGGAUAAAAAUGGAAGUUCUCAAUAAAAAGAAGAUGUAUUGGGAAAGAAAACUGCAAACUUUUACCAAGGAGUGGCCUGUUUCCUCAUUUAACCGGCCCUUUCCCAAUUCACCCUGAGACCGUGAGGGUGAGGGCUCCCUCGCGGUGUUGGUCUGUAUUGGCCAAGGAAGUCUGGAACGUGAACGUGCGGUCAGUAACCUGUGAACAGCUACACCUAGGCAACGUAGAGUGGUAGUAGUCACUUAUUUAAGAAUAUGUUCAGGUAAACAGCUGCCCCUCUGUACCCCUCCCGUGGCGAAGAAGCUGUUAUAGUCUUCAGAACAUGAUCACUAUGAGUGCUAUCAUUCUGAAUGUAAUGUCUCCUAAUUAGAAUUCGUACAAGAACCAAA